AUGGGCGGACACAGGAUGAAUUACGUCGCAACUCUGCCUUCCAUCCCCGAGGAGGCCGUCGACAAGCACGACCUUAUCACAGAAGCCAAUGCCAAGAACUCACCAUUGCUGCGCCUCCCAGGCGAGCUGCGCAACAAAAUUUACGGCUACGCUCUCGCCGAAUCCUCCAUUGAACCACUGCUGGACCGGCGGACUGCCUCAAUACACGCUCGAUUAAGCUCGGGCCGACCCAUGUCCCACACCGUCGCACUCAUCCGAACAUGUCGUCAGACCCGGUCUGAAGCCGAGUCUCUCUUCUUCUCCUACACAACGUUCGGCUUCAAUUAUGCGUGA